CUUCACCGCUGUGAAAAUUACUCAACAUGUCUGAUUUACAUUUAACUUUCGAUAUAUCGGAUGACGUGGUCAGGAAGAAGGAAUAGGCUAUGUGUUUACAGACCAUCAGAUGACUGUAUUUCACUAUUUGUACAGGUGUGUUACCUGUAGCGCCCUCGAGAAAGGGGCAGUGUUUAACGUCCGCCCUCUAUAUACCACUUCUUCCGGCACAAUUAUAUGCUAAUGAGGUGUAGCCUAUCCAGCAGAAGGGAAUAUUGGUGAUUUAAAAAAUCCCGGACAAUUUCCCAUGUUGUCGCGCUUGUUUAUUCUAAGUUUGGAAAUUUGCCAGCCUACAUUUAAAGCUGCUUGCUGUCACUCAAGUAGCCUAGUGCUCUUAGUUCAGUGGCAAUAGUCCAUGGAGUCCACCUAAACAGGAGCACAGGGAGUCCAGAUCCUAAAGAAGCGACUCUUAUUUCAAUUUCAGUGGUUGCUUGCGCACGGCUUUCACCACUAGAGCAGGGGCAUUGACGCAUUUUGGAGUCGACGGGUAACACUGCCAACCCGGCUGCGCUACAGACGCAUCCAUGAGCGAAACCGCGAUGGCCGUGGUGCAGCUCGAGACCGAGGACCAUCAACCGGAGAACGGCUUCGUGUCCCCCGAAACAGAGUCGCCGGGAUUGCUCACACGCAUCGACGAUUGUGUCUUGCCUUUUCUUGGGGGAUUUGGGAAGUAUCAGAGACAGCUAAUCGUGCUGACGUGGAUUCCGGCGUUAUUUAUUGGAUUCAGCCAGUACUCUGAUGAAUUCCUUCUUGCCCAACCGAACAAUACAUGUGUUCCUCCACCUGCAAAUACGACUAAUUUCACUAUAAUUCCUUCCUCUUUAUUUAAUGGUCCAAAUAAUAGUUUCCCACGAACAGCGGCGUACGUUUAUUACAAUGGCACCCACAAUAAUACAGCCAGGCAUCUGCAACAUUGUAUGUGCAAGGAGUGGACGUUUGAGCUGCAUACGGGACUAAUGCAGAAUGUGGUUACUAAGUGGAGUCUGGUGUGUGACUCGGCGUGGAAGGUCCACAUCGCUAAGUUCUCUCUGCUGGUGGGAUCCAUAUUUGGAUACCUGGUCUUUGGGGUCCUGGCAGACUGGUUUGGUCGCCACCCGGUCCUAAUAAUCUCGGUCCUGUUCAUGCUGGUGUUCGGUCUGACCGUGGCCUUCUCGGUCAACGUUCCCAUGUUCAGCACCCUGCGCUUCUUCGAGGGCUUCUGCUUGGCAGGCAUCGCCCUCUCCCUCUACAUCCUCAGGAUUGAGCUGUGCCUACCAGCCUGGCGUUUCUCCAUGACCAUGGUUGCCAGCUUCGUGGUGCUGGGCGGGCAGCUCCUGAUGCCAGGGAUGGCAUACGUCUGUCGAGACUGGCAGGUUCUGCAGGCUGUCAUCAUCUGCCCGCUUCUCCUCAUGCUGGCUUAUAUCUGGAUCUUUCCCGAGUCUCUGCGGUGGCUGCUGGCCACUCGACAGUACGGCCGCUCCAAGUGGAUCAUGGGACACAUCAUCAAGAAGAACCAGGUCAACCCCGAGCUGGACACUGACCACAUCCUUACAGAGCUGCAGAACGCUCUUCACAAGAAACCCAAAAAGACCUGUAUCGUAAAGAUGGUGGGGACAAGGAACCUGUGGAAAAACAUUGUGGUCCUCUGUGUGAACUCACUGACUGGCUAUGGCAUCCACCACUGCUUUGCCCGCAGUAUGAUGGACCACCACGAGACCCACGAGUCCACCAUGUUCCACAACUUCUACGCUGACUACUACACCAUGGCGGGCAUCGCCGUGGCUUCAUGCAUGGCACUGUGCCCGGCGGUGGGCCUGAUGGGGAGGAGGGGAGGCCUGCUCAUGUUCAUGAUCAUCACUGCGCUGGCAUCAUUGCUGCAGCUUGGCCUGCUCAACUUGCUGGGGAAAUACAGUGUCCAUCUGAAUAUAGAGAGCUCGGAUACACUUAAUAAGAACUUCUCCAUCGCCUUUUCCAUCAUCGGCAUGUUCUCCUCCCACGCUGUCAGCAACCUGAGCAUCUUCUUCUGCGCUGAGAUCACCCCCACCGUCAUCAGGGGUGGUGGUUUGGGCCUGGUACUAGCCAGCGCUGGCUUCGGCAUGCUGACCGCCCCCAUCAUGGAGCUGCACAAUCAGAAGGGCUACUUCCUCCACCACAUCAUCUUCGCCUGCUGCACCCUCAUCUGCAUCAUCUGCAUUCUCCUCCUCCCCGAGACGCGCUACCAGCCCCUGCCCGAGACCCUGGCCGACGGGGAGUGUUACACCCGCCAACCCCUGAUGCCUCCCAAGAAGCCUGGCGAACAGCGCCUCCUCCUGGCCCAGUCAGAGAGCAGCAGGGACUACACCCGGGUCCACGACACACCACUGCACGAGGCGGCCGCCACCACCGUCUUCACCAUGGACUCCACGGCAUCUUCCGCUGUUGACCUCACGGCACCGUCAUUUAUAGUUAUUUUGCCGCCCCCCGCUACAGAGUUGACGUCAUUCCAGCCUGAGCCUGAUCCUGAUACUGUGCCGCUGGUUAAGAAAGACCUCAAUGGGAAAUCCGUUACGCCCCCAUCUGGUACUCCCAAGGCGGCCCUAGAUAAGGCAGGCGUUGUACUGCCUAGUAAAGAGCACCUGUUAUCUUCCAAACCUAGAAAUAGUGCUCUCACUCCCUCCAACCCUACAUUGGACUCGACCAUUCCCCCUGUCAUAGAAACUCCUUGUACCUUGGGCUCUACCACUCAUCCUGUAAUUGUCCCUAUCCCCCCUUCUCCAACACCCUCCCCUACUGUCAUCAAUGACAUUGUUCCCCUUCCCCCCAUGGUCGACCGUACCACUCCUAUUGAUUCUACUGACCCCAUCACCACAGAUUCGAUCAUUCCCAUUCUAAUAGACUCUGUAGAUGACAAACUCCCCCCUCCUCCUACCCAUAAUUCAGACUGUACCAUUCCCCCUGUCAUAGACUCUGUCCAUACUCCAGAGUUGGACUCUUCAUGUGUUAAGGAUGUUGUUGUCUCUCCCUCUUCCCUUGUCGUAGCUCAUUCCCCUCUUCAUUACCCCACCCCCCUAUCACCACCACUGCCACCCAUUGACUCAGUUCAUAUCCCAACAACAGUGGACUCUUCCACUCCCCCUGUCAUAGACACUGUUCACCCCCUCACUGUGGACUCUACCACUCUCCCCAUCACAGACAUUGUUCAACCCCUUACAUUGGACUCUACAACUCUGUUUUUCAUAGACUCACUUCUCCCCAACAUAACAGACUCUGAGACCACAGAGGCGGCCCCUGCUUCCACAAUAAUGGACUGCACCAUCUCCUCCCCAAUAGACUCAGGUAUCCUCCCCGUAAUGGAUUGUGCCAUCUCAGAAAACAGCGCUGUCAACGGGGUGGUGUCUUCAUGAUCCAAGGCUCCACCUGUGGAACAAGGAGGUGGGCCCCUCCCUCAUGGAGGAAGAAGCCCUAGACACCCAUGUCACAUGACGGGGGUCACUAACUGGUCUGUCAGGCCUCAGACAUUUCAGCUGCUCUGUCGGGAGACUGCCAGUGACAGACAGGAGGGUAACAGCUUGAGCUUGGGCCAAGUUUUUUUGUGUCAUACAUCUUACUGGGAACAGCCAGAGAACAGGACAGGGUUGUGGUGACAGUGAUGAGUGGUUAGGGACAGUUCGAAAUUUACUGGGAGGGUAAUGCGUUUUUUUCCCCUGGGUUUACAUUCACCCUAUUUGCAGGUUUUACUAUAUGAUUUAUUCCAUCAUCUGCUUGCAUGCACCUCCCCUAUAUCAAGAUGUUUUGGAGGUUCCGUUAACUAGCGAUCAUACCACACAUAAUAUCAUUCAAAGCUGCACCAAUAUAAGUGUAGAGACCAGGUGCGUCAUUGCGCAUGAAAGAACAGUGAAGACAUGAGACAUGCAGCUCAAAAAUCUCCCGUAUACUGUAAAUCUUGUUUUAGGGACUGUACAAUUAUUCUACCUAGACUAGCCUAGAACACAUUAUUGCUUUCAAGUCAGUACAUUUUACUCUAGGCUGUGAACUGCAGUGAAAAUGUCAUUUGAAUAAUAUUUCAUUCCAUUCAUUCCAUUUGGCUCUGAGUACCUCUCAGCCCACCUAUGAGUAGCUCGCAGCCCACCUAUGAGUAGCUCGCAGCCCACCUAUGAGUAGCUCGCAGCCCAUCUAUGAGUAGCUCGCAGCCCACCUAUGAGUAGCUCGCAGCCCACCUAUGAGUAGCUCGCAGCCCACCUAUGAGUAGCUCGCAGCCCACCUAUGAUUAGCUCGCAGCUCACCUAUGAGUAGCUCGCAGCCCACCUAUGAGUAGCUCGCAGCCCACCUAUGAGUAGCUCGCAACCCACCUAUGAGUAGCUCGCAGCCCACCUAUGAGUAGCUCGCAGCCCACCUAUGAGUAGCUCGCAGCUCACCUAUGAGUAGCUCGCAGCCCACCUAUGAGUAGCUCGCAGCCCACCUAUGAGUAGCUCGCAGCCCACCUAUGAGUAGCUCGCAGCCCACCUAUGAGUAGCUCGCAGCCCACCUAUGAGUAGCUCGCAACCCACCUAUGAGUAGCUCGCAGCCCACCUAUGAGUAGCUCGCAGCCCACCUAUGAGUAGCUCGCAGCCCACCUAUGAGUAGCUCGCAGCCCACCUAUGAGUAGCUCGCAACCCACCUAUGAGUAGCUCGCAGCCCACCUAUGAGUAGCUCGCAGCCCACCUAUGAGUAGCUCGCAGCCCACCUAUGAGUAGCUCGCAGCCCACCUAUGAGUAGCUCGCAGCCCACCUAUGAGUAGCUCGCAGCCCACCUAUGAGUAGCUCGCAGCCCACCUAUGAGUAGCUCGCAACCCACCUAUGAGUAGCUCGCAGCCCACCUAUGAGUAGCUCGCAGCCCACCUAUGAGUAGCUCGCAGCCCACCUAUGAGUAGCUCGCAGCCCACCUAUGAGUAGCUCGCAAACCACCUAUGAGUAGCUCGCAGCCCACCUAUGAGUAGCUCGCAGCCCACCUAUGAGUAGCUCGCAGCCCACCUAUGAGUAGCUCGCAAACCACCUAUGAGUAGCUCGCAAACCACCUAUGAGUAGCUCGCAGCCCACCUAUGAGUAGCUCGCCAAAUAAUUCUGAAAGUACAUGCAAUAUUCACAUGGCCCACUGCAAACUCUCAAGUAUCAGACACCGCAGCUUCCCAGCUACUAUCUAAUAAAUGCAACGUUGGCAUUAUCCCACCCCUGGUUAGCCACUAAUGGCCUAAAAAGCCAAACGUAAAACAAUAUCUGCCAAUUAAUUUUCCAGCAAUAUUGCCCCGGUCUGUCUGUGUGAUGCACGCGUUUGUCUAUCACUUCAUGUGGAGCCAGUUGAUGUGAUAACUGUCUUGUCAUGAGUAAGUAUAUAAUUUGUGUCUAAACUGAACAAAAAUAUAAAUGCAACAUGCAACCAUUUCAAAGAUUUGAAUGAGUUUACAGUUCAUAUAAGAAAAUCAGUCAAUUUUAACAAAUUCAUUAGGCCCUAAUCUAUGGAUUUCACAUGAAUGAGAAUACAGAUAUGCAUCUGUUGGUCACUUUAUUUUUAAAUAAAGUAGGGGCGUGUAUCAGAUAACUAGUCAUUAUCUGGUGUGACUACCAUUUACCUCACACAGCGCGACAUCUCCUUCACAUAGAGUUGAUCAGGCUGUUGAUUGUGGCCUGUGGAAUGUUGUCCCACUCCUCUUCAAUGAUUGUGCAAGGUUACUGGAUAUUGCCGGGAACUGUAACACGCUGUCGUACGCUUCGAUCCAGAGAAUCCCAAAUAUACUCAGUGAGUUACAUGUCUGGUGAGUAGGCAGGCCAUGGAAGAACUGGGACAUUAUCAGCUUCCAGGAAUUGUGCACAGAUCCUUGCGACACGGGCCAUGCAUUAUCAUGCUGAAACAUGAGGUGAUGGCGGUGGAUGAAUGGCACAACAAUGGGCCUCAGGAUCUCGUCACGGUAUCUCUGUGCAUUCAAAUUGCCAUUGAUAAAAUGCAAUUGUAUUUGUUAUCCGUAGCUUAUGCCUGCCCAUACCAUAACCCACCUCCACCAUGGGGCACUCAGUUGUAAGGCCUCUUGGACGUACAGCAAAAUUCUCUAAAAUGAUGUUGGAAGUGGCUUAUGGUAGAGAAAUUAACAUUCAAUUGUCUGGUAACAGGUCUGGUGGAAAUUUCUGCGGUCAGUAUGCCAUUUGCUCGUUCCCUCAAAACUUGAGUCAUCUGUGGCAUUGUGUUGUGUGACAAAGCUGCACAUUUUAGAGUGGCCUUUUAUUAUCCCCAGCACAAGGUGCACCUGUGUAAUGAUAUUGAUGUUUAAUCAGCUCCUUGAUAUGCCACACCUGUCAGGUCGAUAGAUCAUUUUUGCAAAUGAGAAAUGCUCACUUACAGGGAAGUAAACCAAUUCGUGCAUAACAUUUUAGAGAAAAAAGCUUUUUUUUGUAUGGAAAAUGUCUGGGAUCUUUUAUUUCAGCUCAUGAAACAUGGAAACAACAUUUUUUGCGUUCAUAAACUUCAUAAACUUUGCCAUGAAAUGAGUAGCAGCAGUACAGAACCAUCGCUAGACCGGCACAUUAGACGGCACAUUCCUCACUUGUGGAAUUAAAGGGCCAGAUGUGGAACUAAAGGGGAAUUACACUCAAAGAUCAAUUUAUUUGUUUUUUCCAGACCUAAAAAUAUAUGAUUUUAAGCAUUGACAUGGACUCAGAACAUCCAAUUUUGUUGUUUCUUAAUGAACUAUUAUUGUAAUUUUGAGUUUUAAAUUGUUUUAAUCUAAACCCACAAUUUAUUUUUUACUGAGAACUUAAUUUGGGAAAAUAUUCAAUAUAUUUUGGGGGAUUUAAAAAAAUAAUUUUUUAUUAAAAAUUAUUUUAUAAGGGCCCCCUUUUUAGAGUUGUUCAUUAACCAUUAUUUUUACCAGGUAUAUUCACAGAAAAAAAUAAAAUUGUACACUAAGGACCUGGCGAUGAAUUGCAGGGGAGAGUAGAAAAGGAAGAAUGUGCCUAUUUGAAAGCUUGAAAAAAAUGUGUAACUCGAGACGCAUUACAUUUUUAAGCUUUUCAUGCUAGAAAAGGUUGGAGACCCCUGGUCUAGAAAUACACAGUAGCAGGCCAUUCUGGCUUUAUUAUAAGUUCUGAUACUGAGAUGCGCUGUCUGUUACUGUUAGAGGAAUUCUAAAUUCCUAUAUGUUUUGUAGCCAAAACCAAAUUCGCACUCUCUCUAUUUCAUUAAUGAGUUGUAAAUUAAUUAAUUAUGCAUGAAAUAGAUCGAGACCCGUCUUAAAAGUUAGGUAACAGUGUUUCUUACAAGAGAGUACUGAAGAAAAAUACAAAGAACCUUACAUUUUAAAGAGACAACAUAAAAUGACAUCAUCAGUUUCUCACACCCUCUCCGAUCCACACAAUAGCGCAGUGUCUUCAGUUCUGGAGAUCUUCUUCUACUCCCCUCAUAAAACAAACAUUCCAAUCUGUCUAAAAGACAUCUUCUCCUCCACUAAUGGAACAUCAAAGACCAUUCUUAUCUGUCAGAAAAGAUAUAUGCCCUCCUUCUCCCUUUCCCACAAGGUACAUACAAUUAAUUUGUUUUACUUACAUUUUCAGUAAAAGCUUAACCAAGAACCCUACAUUUCAUACCAUAACAUAAUAGUAUUAAAAUAGAUGGUUCUAAUUUAAAUGUAUACAUAAUUAAUCAUUUCAACCAUAAUUUCCUCCAACAGUUACGGAUCCUCAUUCUCCUAAGUCGUGCUAUAAUAAUUUGGCCACAUAUGUUCCCAACAGGCCCAGUUUUUCAGGAAAGCGUCAUGCGUGCUCUGCCUCCGAGCAGCUAUUCCUCGCGCACCUAGAACCUAACACUUCAAUAUAGCCUAAAUAUUUGUAAUUUAACUUUUAAAAUGGAUUACCUUUUAUGUGUGGCAUAAACACAACCAGUCACAAUAUUUGAAUCGCAUUAAGCUACUUCAAAAGUCUCCUGUAGGCUACAUGCGUACAUUUGUCCAACAUUUUAUUCAGGCAUCCAAACUGUCCAGAUUGUGGUGUUGAAAACGCAAACCAUGAUGUUGAAGCAGCCAAAGUCUGUAUAAUUUGCUUAUUGGUUGUUGUCCAUUGGCACAGAGACCUGUUGGUGGAACAUUUGUUGCAUAUAUUUUAUAUAAUUAUAAACCGGGUGGUUGGAGCCCUGAAUGCUGAUUGGCUGAAAGUCGUGGUAUAUCAGACUAUACCAUGGGUAUGACAAGAAAAAAUAUUUGUACUGUUCUAAUUACGCUGGUAACCAGUUUAUAAUAGCAAUAAGGCACCUCAGGGUUUGUGGUAUAUUGCCAAUAUAUCGUGGCUAAUGGCUGUAUUGAGGCAUUCCGCAUUGCGUUGUGCAUAAGAAUAGCCCUUAGCCGUGGUAUUUUGGCCAUAUACCACACCCCCUCGAGCAUUAUUGCUUAAAUAUGGCAUCAACAUUUUGAAAAUCUGAUUUCCACCUAGCUGAUCAUUGUCUGUAGCUUGCUCUGAUUGUGGUGUAGGUCUAAUGAAACAGGCUGGGAGCAUUAGCUCUGUCCAUGGUGGUCGGCGAACUCUCAACCUUCUGGCCCAUAGCCCUACGUUGCAUCGACUGUGCCACAAAAGCAUGAUGAAGUGGAAAAGUCACAUUUAUAGACACAGGGUCACUAUAGUUAUUGUUAUUUGUGGUCACAAACAUUAUUUAGAGUUAAUUCUAUGAGGGGCGACGGUGUGCAAUUAUUUUUUACAAUACAAGGGGAGUGUUGUGUGAAAAUGUUUUUUACUUUGAGGAUGGGGGGUGCCAUUUUUUUAGUACACCUCGAAAAUGUUGAACUGUCCCUUACUCAGCCACAGUCUGAAACUGUCCGUAAUUAUGACGUCGUCAGCGUGUGACGUUGUUGUUGUUGGGGAAAUCCUGAAUGUCAUUUUAGACUGAGAGACUACCAGCCAAAACUCCAUUUAGAAUCCUUUAUCCCAAAGGUUAGUUGGAGAUUCCAUAAAAACCACAAAAAAAAACAUUUGACUGUACAUUUGCCUCAACUGCAGACUUAGAUGUAUGUCCAAUGUGUUUGAUGAUGUACAUUUGCCUUAUCAUGUAGAAAAAAUACUUCAAGAAUACAAAGCAGAAUUUUGAAUGUCAACAGUGCCAGAUUUCUCCUAAUUGUUCUUGUUGUCGCUGAAAUUAGUACUCAGAAACCAAUUGGAAUCUGUGUAGGGAAAAGAGCAAUUUGCCAAACAUGAAAAACCAAAAGUAAAUUUUGCUGCCCGAAUGAACUGCCAAUCGAAGGGCAAUAAAGACAAGUAUUGGAGGUAUUUUGAUGUAUUAGACAAUGAGUUAAAAUCAAAAGUGAAACAUCUCAAGACUCCAGUCCUUGUAAUACAGGCAUGUGUGUAUGAAAGUUUAGAGAGAAGGAGAGAAUGACUUGAACUGAAGAGGCAUGCUCCAAAGUUAAAAAAGACAAUAGACUGUUUAUGUCUGAAAUGACAGUAGAAAAGGAGAGCUUUACCGGUGAUGUGGUUUAAGUGAGUGGUCAGUUGGUCCUGUAGGGCUAUGUUGUGAUUAUUGACGGUGUGGUCCUGAAAGUGAAACUUUUUUUUUUUUUUUUUUACUAUUUCCCUGUUUCAUGGGACUGAAGCGUCAUCUUUUUAUUUUUCCACUCUUUUCAUAAAUGACAUGAAUUGUACUGUAUGCAAUGGAUCUUGUAAACGUGAUAUUGUAGAUAAAAUUGCAUACUUAAUGUUGUUGUGCUACUGAUGUUGAGCUUGAUUACAAAAAUAAGAAAAAAGAUUUCCACUAUAAUCUCAAGGGGCGUGUCCUUAGUGUAUACAGCUAGCCGGCACUGUCACCAUUAUUUGUGUGAAUGUAAGUGGCACUUUAUCCUUUGCUAUGGGGACAGAGCAUGUAAACAAAAAUGUGAACUUUUCCACGAAACAAAGAAGUGGUGUUCAAAUGUUACCUAAAAAGGAACAAGAGCCAUCGCUCUGAAAUGGACACAUGAAUGACAAAAGUAUUUUGUCAAAUAUAUCUGUCAUUGCCACCAUCUUGUGUGUAUUGUGUAUGUGCCAUUUGCAUAUUUGUUGUAGUAAAAAUAUUUUUUGUGUAUUCCCUAGAAAAAUAUACUUGAAAAUAUUUUCAUUUCACCAAAGUAUGCAAAAAUUAUAUUUUUGUGAUAUUGACUAAAAUUCUGCUACAUUUUGAAAUGUAGACUUACCCCUCUCUGUUUUUGUUGGAUUUUUACUUCAAAAUAUUAACAAUCAUUAACAUUACGUACUUAUUUCAUUGUAAUCAAUACAGACAUGAUAGAGAAAUGCUGUGAUCUCUUGACUGUAAAAAACAACAAACAUCUUUGAUUAUUUUUAUUAAAAUUGUGAUGAGGAGCUUUCUUCUUCUUUUUAAAACCCAAAUGGCUAGUGUCAACAUCAUGCUUUACCAACAUCUGUUAUUGAUCUGACUGUUGACAAUAGUACAUACCCGACAAACAAAAUGGUGGCUAUCAGUUCACUAAUAAGGCUACUACAUCCAAUUGUGCAGAGAUUUGUGUCAUUUGGCCACUGUUUACAAAUACAACAUCACUAAUUUAUUGUAAAGAUUAUUUUCAAAUCUCAUUGAUUGAUGUCAAAUGCCAUGGAGUCCACAUUCUUAUAUAGUGUGUUUAUUAUUAUGUAUUUAACCAGGAAAAUACAAUGGCUUUGGAGGUGUCCAAAGUGUUGUGUAUGAUGCAAUAGCAGCCAAAAUGAUCACUCUACUGUACACUAAUCAUACAGUAGUCAUCACAACACAUACUGUCAUGUAAUUUCUAUGGAUGUAAAAAAUAACUAUGAUAAUACUAAACGUGUAACAACAUACUUUAUGUUAAUUCUCUCGUUAUUUCCUGGUAAGUAAGCAUGCUGUUAAAGAAGAUAUUAUUUUCUUGUGAGAUUAAUUCCUAACACUACACCCUGUUCACAAGACUCAAGCAUGAUGCAGAAAGGAUAUGUGAAACAAGUUCAACUUCAGUACACCCAUAUAUGGGCCUAUUCACUUCUUUAAUCUCCAAUACACUCUAGGCCUCAAAGCACAAUGUAUCCUGGUGUCCUGCCAACUCAGAGUAGUUAACUCAGAGGAGUAAAGUCUCCCCUAGUUACAGAUCUAGGAUCAGCUUCCCCUCCCCUGAUCCUAAACUUAACCAUUGAUUGGGAAAAUGCUAAACUGACCCAAGAUCAGUGUCUAGGGGCAACUUCACCCCAGUCCGAUUAGCUUGUUUGGCUUGCAGUGAGGUGAGGAGGCUGCUGUUGUGAACAGUCUGUCUGAGCACUCUUAUCACUUCAAUAACUGACUCAACAUGUUGUAUAUGUACAAUACACUUACUUUACUGUACAUUCGGUCACUGUGUACUGUAUUCACACUGGAACAACAAAAUAGCUCCAUCUUACAGAUGUUAAAGAGGAUAUUGUCUGCAGCUGUACAGUAGUUCUCACCCCCCAUUUCCUGAAAUGCAACCUCACCAUCUCAUUGGUUAGCUGAGACACACGUGCACUGACACACACAGGAACAAAUGGUGUAACCUCACAUGUAAAAUUCAAUUUUUAAUUUGCAUUCUGGUCAUUUAGCAGAUUCUCUUAUCUUCAAAUGUCACAAUACAACACAUUGCAACCUUACAUUACAGUCUCAGAUUUCAUAUGUAAUAGCAAAGUCAGCACCAGGCGCUAGUGUAUGAUAAGAGUUGGGUGAUGGCUUGGAGAGUGGCUAUAGUUAAACAGAAAAAGUAGAUAGACCAUAGAAUACAUUCAGGUAAAGAUGAUUUUCUCUAGGUUCAUAGGUUGUUCAUAGGUGAUGCCAUCAUACAGUGGUUUAGAAAGGGUUUUCAACUGAACAAAUCAGGUUUUCAACUGAUCAAAUCUUCACUCAUCCUACAUGCAACCAAACAUCUAUAUUGGUGAAAUGAAAAAUAACCCUAAUAUGGCACAGAGUUUCUGUUGGUGCAAGAUUUGAAUGAAUGAAUGUAAAAAUGACAGACUACCAGUUUAAUUUUUAUUUGGGGAUUUUGAAUAAUGCACUUGUAUAUAAGCCACGUGACGUUGUAAUAAACUUCACUAUUUAUUGAUGAA